AUGUUUAGAAAGAUCAGUGCCGUUUUCCGCCCAAAUCAUGGACAUAGAAGUCGCGAGGGUCUCAGCUCCGACUAUCACAACGCGUGCACCGUCAGAUUGGUUCGCAGUACGUCCAUGCUUAUAGUGGGAGAAAGUCGAGCCAACCCUGCAGACUCAACCUUGAAGAGAAGUAAGAGUGCACUGUCAAUAGAGUCCACCACAGCGCUCUACUACUACCGAAGGCAAGAGGACCGUAUCUGGCUGCAGUGCCAGAACCAGGGCUGCCUUCAGUACCUGGAGGACCUGGUCGCUUUAAGGAGACAGUACACAAACUGCGUCAACAAUCUGAGGGGUAACGACAAGAAAGCCACCGUCCCGCAAAAGAAGAAGCCCCCUCCUCCGCCACCCCAUGCCAAAGAGUCCCAGGUGUCUGGGACCAAAGGCAGGGCACCCCCCGCCCCCAGCGAGGCGGACGCCCUGCAGUUUUUUGAUGCGGUCAUCGCAAGCUGUGAUCCAGACCCAAAGCUGAAGCCUCACAUUGACGACGGAAACGCUGACGUUGACUUUGUUGUGGCCACAAGCACCAGCGAGCACGACCUCCACUCGAACUGGACGCUGCGUGACCCGCGCCGGUUCUCCACGGACGACAGCCGGCUGAAGGGGUCCCAGGCGAGGGCCAAGGGCAGGACAGUGGGGGAGCGCCGGCAGCUCCAGAGGAACCCCAUUCAUCUGCCCAAGGUAGCGGAAAGCGCCUUUCACACACUGCGCUUCAGGCCCAAGCUGAAGAAGAAGGACUAG